AAAGUUCUCAACUUAAAUCACAAAUCAUUGUGACCAACAGUUUGUUCUAUACUUAUAAUCCACAAUAAAGCGUUUAUUUGGUUCGCUUUUGUAGCUAUUGAAAAUAGAAAAUAUGGAGAUUUUUGUAAUGGUUCGACGAGCCAAGUUGACAAUGUUUCUUGAUUGCACUGAAUCUACGACUGUUUCUGAGUUAAAGAAAAUGGUUGAGGGCAUUACAAAGAUGUCGCCUGAAGAUCAGAGACUAUACAAAGAUGAGCAACCACUUGAUGAUACUAAAACAUUGGGAGAUUAUGGUUUCACCAGUGUGACAGCAAGACCUCAAAGUCCUGCCAUGAUUGGCUUAGCCUGUAAAAUUGAAGGUACUGAUGAUUGGGAGACCCUUAACAUUGCAGAUCUAUCAACACCACCCGACCCCCCAGAUGUAAUGAUGCCUCAAGAUGGAAACAGUGCAGAAGCCAAGUGAACUCUGAAAUAACAUGUAGACUUUAUGUAAGAUUAUGUAGCAAAAGUGGUGUGUAUUUCGAGAUUAAACCUGGAGCAUUCUUGGCUAUUCGUAUAACAUUAUGAAUUACCCACUAAAGGCAGCUAUCUCUUCUAUGAUAGCAUCAUUUUUAAUGACUUAUCUUAUCACAAUAGAGUGUUGGUCACAAUAAAAUUUGUUAAGCUUG